AGGCGCAGUGUGCGGAGGAUGCGUCCUGCCUGGAGACGCUCAGGGACGGCGGACCUGAAGGAGGACAGACAGACGGACAGCAGACUCGCGCAGAUCCUGUCGGUGGAAUGGGUGCGCUUCAGUCCGCACCUGCGCAACCGGAGUACAGGGACCUGGCGGACAAGACCGGCUUUUCGUACGAACAGAUCGGGGUCCUUCACAAAAGGUUCAAGCAGCUGAGCCACAAUGAGCCGACGCUGCGACGAGAUCACUUCAGUGCAAUCCCAGACCUGGCAUGUAACCCUAUCCGUGCACAGAUCAUAGAGGCCUUCUUCGACAGGAGAAACUAUCGUCAGAAUAAUGAGGGGAAAGUGGAGGAGAUCAGCUUUGAGGAGUUCCUGGUGGUCAUGUCCCACUUCAGACCUCCGUCCAUGAACAUGACAGAUGAGCAGCGUGAGAGCAUCCGAAAGGAGAAACUGAGAUUUCUGUUCAAUAUGCACGACACCGACAACGACGGCACCAUAACCCUCCAGGAGUACAGACAUGUCGUGGAGGAGCUGUUGUCUCGUAGCGGUGCACUGGGAAAGGAAACGGCCAAAAGCAUCGCUGAUGCCGCCAUGUUGGAGGUGGCCAGUAUCUCAAUGGGACACAUGGAACCUGAUGAAUUUUAUGAAGGCAUCACAUUUGAGCACUUCCUUAAGUUGCUGAAAGGCUUUGAAAUUGAGUCAAAAAUGAACAUUCGCUUCUUGAACAUGGACACGACCACCCUGUGUAAGUGAGGUUGGUAAAUGAAACCACAGCGGGGCUUUCAGAGGAUUCCAACACUUAUCUAUGCUUUGACUUUCUACUUGAAACUAUAUUUGUUCCACUAAACUGUGUCGCUUGUAAUGAAUAUAUGCCUUAUGUGUGUUUCAAUAACUAUGCAAAUACAAAUGUAGUUGUGUCUGUUUGAGCAAUAAUCUAAUCUAAGCCUGUGAGUAGUUCAACAAAGCAAUAAUCUAAUAUAUAUGGACAGAGCUGCAGACCCUGGAGCUCCGCCCUCCAAGAACCUUUAAUAUAUGAACGCCAUAAAAACUGCAUUAUCAGGGAUGUUUAACUACAUGUGUAUGGAUUUAAUAAACACAGCUGGAGUUAGAGGA